UAACAUUUAUAAAAAUUCUAAAAAUGAGAAGAAAUGGGAGUACUCAACCACAGAAUGCGUGGAGUAACGAACUAAAGGGAAUGAUCCUCGAAACUGACUUUACCCUCAAAGGAAAUGGGAUUAUACCAAUGACCAGUCAAGGCAAGAGAAGGAGCGUCAAAAGGAAAGCAAAUAAUAAUGGCUGGGUCUUUACUAGCAAUACCAAAAAUAAAAUGGGAACUAAAGGUAGAAGAAAUAUAAAACCUCAAACUCUUGCUGAAAUGCUAGCAUUUUCAAGGCCUUCUACACAAGGAGGGAAAAAUCUAAAAGGCUUCUUUAGAAACAGUGGAGGCUCUCCGAAAAUAUUUAAGGUGAAUAAUGGAUUUCUCAGAAGACAAGUCUCUCAUGGUAAAAUGCAAAAUCCUGAUAAACCUAUAAUAAAUCAUCUUGAGAGCACUGUCGGCUUAAAAUCAUCACAGGUUACUCUUUCUCCAAAGUUUAAAGAUUAUUAUCAAAAUCAGAAGAAGAUGGUAGCUAAUUUAAUAGAUGUAGAAUCUCCUGUUGACAACCUCACAGCAGCUAGUGGAGCAUCUAAUAAAUUAGCUAAGGCCGUGAAGCAGCCAAUUCAAAAUGCCUUUAAAAAUACUCAAGGCUUACAAGGGUCUAUUUAUUCUGUUUCAAACUCAACUGACAUCAGGAAUAAGAUGGAAAAGGACUCGCAAAAUACUAAAGAAAUGCAGCCAAGCGAGGCAAUGGGAGCUUUUGAUACUAUUCCUAAAAGAGCUAUUACCCAAUCAAGUAAAGUGAGAGUGAACAAGGAAGGAUUCAAUAGGAUAAGAGAAGCCAAAAAGAAAGCAGGCACUCUGAUGCUCAGCCAAGGUAGUAAAGCUGUCUUCCAAUAUCAAUUUGAGAUGCAGAAUAAGGAAGAAGAAAACUGAUUUAGAGAUCUCUAUGACUGUUUGAAUGAGCUCAUUGACUAA